GCUGCACAAUCCACAUCGAUUCCUUCCUGCCACUCCUUCCUCGCAUGCCCCCUGAGUUCCUGCACCGAGACUGCUAGCUAGCUAUAAUCUCCUCGGCUUCUUUCUCCGUCCCCUCGGCCGGCCUGCCACCCGAUCGUUCCUGAUGUCCGGCACCGUGUGCUCCAUGUGCGGCGACGUCGGCUUCCAGGACAAGCUCUUCCGCUGCGCCCGUUGCCGCUGCCGCUUCCAACACUCCUAUUGCACGAACUACUACGGCGAUGCGGCCCCGGCCGACGCGGGCGCCGGCGUGUGCGACUGGUGCCUCAGCGACGACCCCCUCGUGAAGAACAGGCGCCCUUCGGCGCCGCCGGCCAUGCAGCACCGCGGUCCGCCGACCGGGAUGGGCUGCGGCAAGGUCAAGGUGACCGGCGGCGGCGAGCAGGAGGGCGGCCGGAGAGUGGCCAAGGCGGCCGUCCGCAGGUACAAGCUCCUCAAAGACGUCCUGUGCUAGCUAGCUGGUGCAUGCAUGGUCCUGGGUCACCGCACUCCUUUCCUUAGAUCGGGACCUCGUCAUCAUGUGUACUAAAAAACGAUGCUGUUUAAUUAGGUAGUCGAUAGUCGUUGUACCUAGCUAGCUGGCGAGGUUCUGCUUCCAUAUCGAUCCUUGUGUGCAAAUGUCGGCAUGUCACAAUGAGAUCUACUUCUGUAAAUAUGCGCUGCUACUCUUUAUCUCUGUCAUCAACUGCGUGUUGUCGUGUGUGUUAAAUUCCACAAGUGUAUGAUCAGUGGCAGUAAGCAAUACAUGUGUUCGUCAAAUGAA